CUUUUCCGGGAAAGCGACAAGAUGGCAGAAGUGGAGCAAAAGAAGAAGCGGACCUUCCGCAAGUUCACCUACCGUGGCGUGGAUCUCGACCAGUUGCUGGAUAUGUCCUAUGAGCAGCUGAUGCAGCUUUACAGUGCUCGCCAGCGGCGGCGGCUGAACAGAGGCUUGCGCCGCAAGCAGCACUCACUGCUGAAGCGCUUGCGUAAGGCCAAGAAGGAGGCACCACCCAUGGAGAAGCCAGAGGUGGUGAAGACACACCUGCGGGACAUGAUCAUCCUACCUGAAAUGGUGGGCAGCAUGGUGGGUGUCUACAAUGGCAAGACCUUCAACCAGGUGGAGAUUAAGCCUGAGAUGAUCGGUCACUACCUAGGGGAGUUCUCCAUCACCUACAAGCCUGUGAAGCAUGGCCGUCCUGGCAUUGGGGCCACCCACUCCUCCCGCUUCAUCCCUCUCAAGUAGGCUGCCCAGCCAAUAAAGAUACUUCUCCAGUUAAAAAAAAAAAAAAAAAAAAAAAA